ACCCUGCGACACAGAAGAAGAAUAUCCGGAAGUGACUCUAAACCAAGCGUGUGCGGUGGACGGCGAGUGCAGGUGUGUUUAUCCAGAAAGUUCUACCAAACAGCUGCGACGACGAGACGACAGCGCUCUGAAACGACUGUCCCAACGAGAUAAACUUUUCAGACGACGCGCCAUGUCUGCUAUAUCCGAGGAAAAAGUGCGAGGGGGGAAUAUGUUCAAGGAUAUCAGCGCCGACGAUGAGGAGUCGCACCCCACCGAAAUCGAGAGCCUGUGUAUGAACUGCUACCAGAACGGCACCACACGGCUGCUCCUCACCAAGAUACCAUUUUUUAAAGAAAUCAUCAUCAGCUCCUUCAGCUGUCCCCACUGCAGCUGGUCCAACACGGAGAUCCAGUCGGCCGGGCGGAUACAGGACCUCGGCGUUUGCUACACACUCAAAGUCGAGUCGAAGCAGGACCUGAACCGGGAGGUGGUGAAGGCAGACAGCGCCACAACCAGAAUCCCGGAGCUGGAUUUUGAAAUCCCCGCAUUCACACAGAAAGGCUGUCUGUCCACCAUUGAGGGGCUGCUGGACCGGGCGGUCGCGGGGCUGGAGCAGGACCAGCCUGUGAGGAGGGCCACGGCGCCUGAGGUGGCCGACCAGAUCGACACUUUCAUUGAAAAGCUGAAAAAGUUAAAGGGACUCGAGGAGGAAUUCACCCUGGUAAUCGAUGACCCGUCCGGCAACAGUUUUGUGGAAAAUCCAGUCGCCCCUCAGAAAGAUGAGAGCCUCACGGUUCACAGGUACAAGCGCACCGUCCAGCAGGACACCCAGCUGGGCUUAAGGACUGAGGAUGACUUGGAGGAAGAGGAGCAGCCCGCAUCGGACCUGGACACGAUGAGAAAUGAAGUUCUGAUGUUCAGUAUCAACUGCCCAGAAUGCAACGCGCCGUCGUCGACCAACAUGAAGCUGGUCCAGAUCCCUCACUUCAAGGAGGUGAUCAUCAUGGCCUCCAACUGCGACGAGUGUGGACAUCGGACCAACGAGGUGAAGUCCGGUGGAGCCACGGAGGAGCUGGGGACCAAGAUCACCCUCCACAUCACAGACGCCUCAGACAUGACCAGAGACCUGCUCAAGUCGGAGACGUGCUCCAUCAGCAUCCCCGAGCUGGAGUUUGAGCUGGGCAUGGCGGCGCUGGGAGGGAAGUUCACCACCCUGGAAGGACUGCUGAACGACAUCAAGGAGCUGAUUGUCUCCAAAAACCCCUUCCUCUGCGGCGACAGCAGCUCCGCAGACCGGGUGGAGAAGCUGAAGCUUUUCGGGGAGAAGAUUGACAAGAUCACAUCCGGCGAGAUGGACGUCCACAUUGUCCUCGAUGACCCGGCAGGGAACAGCUACCUGCAGAAUGUGUAUGCCCCAGACCCGGACCCUGAGAUGACCGUGGAGAAGUACACCCGCACAUUUGAGCAGAACGAAGAGCUCGGUCUGAAUGACAUGAAGACCGAGGGAUAUCACGAGUGAACCUGAGCACUGACACCAAUCAGGACUGACUUUGAUCUGGGGCCAUGCUGUUUAAGUUUAUUUAAAUUGGUAAUGCCUUGGCAUAAACCUGGAGUAAUUAUAUCUUUGCAUUGGUUCUGUCAUUUUCAAACUUUUGCAUUUUGAUUUGAGCACUUAACUUGUUAAAAGGGUAUUUUCAUCAUCCGUCUGAUAUACUAUACUGUAAUAGAAUGAUUUAAAUUCUAAAUUGUCAUUACAUGUUUGUCUACAUGUAUUGAAUAUAAACUAAGAAUAAAAUAAAGGUGACGAGUAACUCGG